UGUUUCAAUAAUUUAAAUGAUCAAAAUUAAUAUUAAUUUUUUCGAUGACUAAAAAUGACACAUUUUAGUAAACACAGUCACAAACUUGGUAUUUACCACUUGCUAAGCAAUCUGAACCGAUUGACAAGUGACAACUUUUUCGUAAAGAAUUUUUUACGCUUUGCCAGUGAUUACGAAGUUUGUAGAUUCGGGAUUUGGAGGUUCGAAUUCCCUCCCUCUCUAGUCUCUGCCGCUAAUCUCGUCUUCCAUUUCCCAAAGCCUUACUCGCUGCUUCCUACUGGCCACAACCGAAUCAUUUUUACGCCCUCUUCUCCUAGAUCGGAGCUCAACAAACCCCUUUCCUCCGGAUCGAAAGCAGCAGUAGAAUAAGAGAAACAAGAUGUUGCGGCUCAAAGCAUUCCGGCCGAACCACGACAAGAUCUUGAAGAUCCAAUUGCAUCCCACGCAUCCAUGGCUUGUGACCGCCGAUGCCAGCGAUCGCGUCUCGGUCUGGAAUUGGGAGCACCGCCAGAUCAUUUACGAGCUCAAAGCCGGUGGCGUUGACGAGAGGCGUUUGGUCGGCGCCAAGCUGGAGAAGCUCGCCGAGGGCGAAUCCGAGCCCAGAGGGAAACCUACUGAAGCCAUGAGAGGUGGCAGUGUUAAGCAGGUGAAUUUUUAUGAUGAUGAUGUACGGUUUUGGCAACUAUGGAGAAACCGAGCUGCAGCUGCGGAGGCUCCUGCGGCUGUCAAUAAUGUCACCUCUACAUUCACUUCUCCGGCUCCUUCAACCAAGGGGAGGCAUUUUCUCGUCAUCUGUUGUGAAAAUAAAGCAAUCUUUUUGGAUUUGGUGACUAUGCGUGGCCGUGAUGUGCCCAAGCAAGAGCUCGACAACCGAUCACUUCUCUGUAUGGAGUUCCUCUGUAGAUCCACUGCUGGUGAAGGUCCCCUGGUUGCUUUUGGUGGAUCAGAUGGUGUUAUUAGAGUUCUUUCGAUGAUCUCGUGGAAGCUUGUACGCAGAUACACGGGAGGUCAUAAAGGCGCCAUAGCUUGCUUGAUGACCUUCAUGGCUUCCUCUGGUGAGGCGCUACUUGUUUCGGGGGGUAGUGAUGGUCUACUUGUACUUUGGAGCGCUGACCAUGUUCAUGAUUCAAGGGAGCUUGUGCCCAAGCUAAGUUUAAAGGCACAUGACGGCGGGGUUGUAGCUAUUGAGCUUUCUAGAGUAAUUGGAGGUGCUCCACAACUUAUUACAAUCGGUGCAGAUAAGACAUUAGCUAUAUGGGACACAAUGUCUUUCAAGGAGUUGCGGCGUAUCAAACCUGUUCCAAAAAUGUCUUGUCACAGUGUUGCAUCUUGGUGCCAUCCUCGAGCUCCGAACCUUGACAUUUUAACUUGUGUCAAGGAUUCCCAUAUAUGGGCGAUUGAACAUCCAACUUAUUCAGCCCUCACUAGGCCAUUGUGUGAGCUGUCUUCCCUCAUCCCACCCCAGUAUACAACACCAAGCAAGAAACUCAGGGUGUACUGCAUGGUUGCACAUCCUCUACAGCCUCACCUUGUUGCUACUGGAACCAAUGUUGGUGUUAUUAUCAGUGAGUUUGAUCCUAAAUCUCUUCCAGCAGUGGCUCCCCUGCCAACACCACUAGGAAACCGUGAACAUUCUGCUGUCUAUGUAAUUGAAAGGGAAUUGAAACUGUUGAACUUCCAACUGUCCAACACUGCGAAUCCAUCUCUUGGAAGUAAUGGCUCCAUAUCUGAUACUGGAAAGCUCAAGGGAGAUGCUGAACCGUUACAUGUCAAACAGAUUAAAAAGCACAUUAGUACCCCUGUUCCGCAUGAUUCACAUUCAGUUGUUUCAGUCAGCAGUUCCGGAAAGUAUCUUGCGAUUGUCUGGCCAGAUAUUCCAUACUUCUCUAUAUACAAAGUCAGCGACUGGUCCAUUGUAGAUUCAGGGAGUGCAAGGCUUCUGGCUUGGGAUACAUGCCGUGAUAGAUUUGCUAUAUUGGAAUCUGCAGUGCCUCCUAGGAUUCCUAUAAUUCCUAAAGGAGGUUCAUCAAGGAAGGCAAAGGAAGCAGCCGCAGCUGCUGCGCAGGCUGCCGCCGCUGCUGCUAAUGCGGCCUCUGCUGCUACUGUCCAAGUUCGGAUUUUGCUGGAUGAUGGGACAUCAAAUAUAUUAAUGAGGUCCAUAGGUGGCCGCUCUGAGCCAGUUAUUGGUUUGCAUGGAGGUGCAUUGUUAGGUGUGGCUUAUCGGACAUCACGGAGGGUCAGUGCUGGUGCUGCAAUGGCUAUUUCAGCCAUUCAGCCGAUGCCAUUGUCAGGGUUUGGAAGUUCCUUCACAACAAUUGAUGAUGCAACACAUCGUUCUGCUGCUGAGGCAGCCCCUCAGAAUUUCCAAUUAUACAGUUGGGAAAGUUUUGAGCCCGUGGGUGGUCUACUUCCUCAGCCAGAAUGGACUGCAUGGGACCAAACAGUGGAGUAUUGUGCUUUUGCUUACCAAAAAUACAUUGUUAUAUCAUCCUUGCGACCUCAAUAUCGUUAUCUUGGAGAUGUAGCAAUUCCCUAUGCUACUGGUGGUGUUUGGCAUCGGCGACAGCUUUUUGUGGCCACACCAACUACUAUUGAGUGAGAUAUGUUCUGCUUACAUUGACUGCUCUCUUGGUGGAAGCGCAGUCCAGUUCAUUGUUCUUUUUUAUUAAGCUAAAGACCUGUAAAACAGGUUCUAAUAAUUUGACUGUACUUCAGAUGUGUUUUUGUGGAUGCUGGAGUUGCUGCAAUUGAUUUGGAAACAAAAAAGAUGAAAGAAGAGAUGAAACUGAGAGAAGCACAGGCAAGGGCAGUUGCUGAGCAUGGGGAGCUAGCACUGAUAGCAGUAGAAAGUCCUCAGACCUCAGCACAAGAAAGAACAGCACUGCGACCACCAAUGCUGCAGGUGGUUCGUCUAGCUUCAUUCCAGCAUGCUCCUUCAGUGCCACCUUUCUUAACAUUACCUAAGCAGACUAGGGUUGAUGGUGAUGACCCCACAAUGCCAAAAGAGUUGGAAGAUAAAAAGUACAAUGAGGUAGCUGUUGGUGGAGGAGGGGUGUCUGUGGCUGUUACACGCUUUCCUACAGAACAGAAAAGACCUGUGGGACCUCUUGUUGUCAUUGGUGUAAGAGAUGGAGUUCUGUGGCUUGUUGAUAGGUAUAUGUGCGCACAUGCCUUAUCUCUCACUCAUCCUGGUAUUCGUUGCCGGUGUCUGGCUGCUUAUGGAGAUGCUGUUAGUGCAGUGAAAUGGGCAAGUAGGCUUGGUAGGGAGCAUCACGAUGAUUUGGCACAGUUUUUAUUAGGAAUGGGUUAUGCUACCGAAGCACUUCAUUUACCUGGAAUAUCUAAAAGGUUGGAGUUUGAUCUGGCCAUGCAGAGUAAUGAUUUGAAAAGGGCUCUUCAUUGCCUUCUCACUAUGAGCAACAGCAGGGACAUUGGGCAAGAUGGUACUGGCCUGGAAUUGAGUGACAUCCUUAAUUUGACUGCUAAAAAGGAAGAUGUUGUUGAAGCUGUUGAGGGAGUUGUUAAAUUUGCCAAGGAAUUUUUGGACCUCAUCGAUGCCGCAGAUGCCACUGGGCAAGCUGACAUUGCUCGUGAAGCACUCAAGAGGUUAUCCACUGCAGGAGCAGUGAAAGGUUCCUUACAGAGCCAUGAAUUAAGAGGACUUGCCUUACGACUUGCAAAUCACGGAGAGUUAACUCGACUAAGUAGUUUGGUAAACAAUUUGAUUUCAAUUGGCCUGGGGCGGGAAGCAGCUUUUGCGGGAGCAGUUCUUGGUGACAAUGCUCUCAUGGAAAAAGCAUGGCAGGACACUGGCAUGCUUGCUGAAGCUGUCCUUCAUGCCCACGCUCACGGGCGACCAACACUGAAGAACUUGGUUCAGGCUUGGAACAAGGUGCUUCAGAAGGAAGUUGAGCACACUCCAUCAACAAAAACCGAUGCAGCAGCUGCCUUCCUUGCAUCACUUGAGGAACCCAAGUUCACGAGUCUCGCAGAUGCUGGAAAGAAGCCACCCAUUGAAAUCCUCCCGCCUGGAAUGCCAUCUCUAACCGGCCUAAUCACUACCCAGAAAAAACCUGCCCCCGGAACCCUGGGUGCUCAGAAGCAACAAACACCGCCGAGCCAACCCUUACAGAUCGAGGCACCUCCCGCCACAACACCGGAACCAGGUGCUGCACCUGCAAGUACAGCUGCACCACCUACAGAUGGUGCACCUGCAGCCACACCAGAACAACAAGCUGCAGUGGCGCCAUCAGAAACCAGCGAACCUCCUGCCGCAGAUGGGCAAGAAGCUGCUACUAUCUCAUCAUCAUCUGCUAGUAAUCCAGAUCCAUCUGCGUCAGGUGAGAAUAACGUAACCCCCUCUGGAAGUAACCCCGAGCCUGUUCCUUCUGGAGAACCUGUCCCAGUUCCGGAAGAACACGUGGUUGGAGAGGACAAGGAUGCAACAACAACAACACCCGCCUCCCAACAAGAACCCUCGUCGUUGCCAUCAAAUAACCAGGGAGGAAGUGUUGGUCAGCGCCCUAUGUUAAGCAUGAGUGACUUUCUUGCCUAACCAGCGACGAACGACAACGUAGAAUGACAACGUAUGGCGAUUCUUUUGCUGUGAUUAUGAUUAUUGUUUCCCGAAUCCGAGUAUUUGAUCUAGUUUCCAUGAUGUGAGGAAAGUUUUCGCGUUAGUUAGCAAGUUUGUACCUUAGGGGAUGUGUAUAAAUCUUGUAUUUCUUACAUGAUGUAUGAUUGUACGAUGCCAUUUUUUCCAGUGUGGGGGUUAGGGGAGGGAUUGGGUUUUGUAGCCGGUGGCCAUAGUUUUCUUCUGGAUUUUUGUAUUGUAUUUGCUUCUAUUGUUUUGUUGGUAUUGUACUUCGGCGUGAUGUGGAAGACUGGAAGCGAAAAGAAAGCAAUUUGAGGUCCUGAAGGUUUGCAGUUUAUUUAACAUAUCGUAUUUUAUGCAUGUUUAACCUGGAUUUCAGUUUUUUUUUUUUUUAUAGACCAAUUGAACUAGUUAUACUUUACAAUGUGAUAUUAAAAU